AUGGCUACAAUACCGACGCGCAAUGACCGUCGAAUAAUCCUUCACUUAGAUUAUGACUGCUUUUACGCUUCGGUAUUUGAAGUGGAGCAACCAGCUUUGAAGUCUUUGCCACUAGCUGUGCAGCAAAAGCAAAUCAUCGUGACAUGUAAUUACGAAGCCCGACGGCGGGGGCUGCACAAGCUGCAGCUAAUCAAAGACGCCAAGCGGAUAUGUCCCGACGUGGUAAUCGUGCUAGGCGAGGACCUGACCAAGUUUCGAGAUGCAUCAAAAGAUCUCUACCUUUUCAUACGUGCCUUCAUAUGGGGCGGACGAGUGGAAAGACUGGGCUUUGAUGAGCUCUCUCUGGAUGUCACAGAGAUGAUUGAAUAUAAUAUCAGCUUGCUAAACCCGAAUAAUCUAUCGACUUCAUUCUUCCAUCUGGAUCCCAAGGACCCGACUAUUGGAUUUGCCUACGAUGCUACCACAGUCAUGGGCUUGACAUUCCCAGUGAUGACCGAGACACCUAUUUCUACUCGUGAUACGUCAUCUCUAGAAAUAAAGUUAAGGAUCGCAUCGCAUCUGCUCAAGUAUCUUCGAGAUCGAAUGGAGCAUGACAAAGGUUUCACAGCUACAGGAGGGGUGUCUACCUCUAAACUUCUGGCCAAAUUAGUGGGAAGUGUUCACAAGCCUAACAACCAGACUACUCUGCUCCCACCAUACCAGAUAGCUGAAGAUGGCACCGAAAGCAAUGUGACUCAAUUCCUGGACAGCCAUGAGAUCCGCAAAAUUCCCGGGAUAGGAUCACGACUAGCCCAGAAACUGAGAAAUCGUGUUACAGGGGAGAGUACGGGAGAACAGGUUACGGUCCGAGAUGUCCGUUUAUAUCCUGGAAUGGGCCCAGCUAUGCUCGAGAAAACACUGGGCGGGCCCGGUGCGGCCAGAGGAAUUGGUAUGCGCAUCUGGAGCAUUCUGCACGGGGUGGACAAUACCGAAGUCCUUGAGGCCCGAGACUUGCCGACUCAGAUCAGUAUUGAGGACUCUUACGGUUAUGGUCGAUUUGAUACCGUGGAGAAUGUACGUCGCGAGCUUGUGGUUCUUACUACAAGUUUAAUCCGGCGCAUGCGAACAGAUCUACUAGAUAAGAGCGAGGAAAUCCCUCGGUGGCUGGCCCACCCGCGAACGUUACGUCUAUCCACACGGCCUCGCAAUGCUCCCGAGACUGACGGGGUGCGAACCUACCAUGCCAAUCGCAUUUCUCGAUCUGCUCCUCUACCGGGGUUUAUCUUCAAUAUGGACGAGAAUUUGGAUGCUCUGGCUGAACGACUUGUCCAUGAGAGUCUUUUGAGCAUGUUUCGAAAACUGAAUCCAGAGAAGUCUGGGUGGGAUCUGAGUUUGAUUAAUGUGGCUGUGACCAACUUGGUGGAGAGUGCGGGCGAGCAAAAGCAAAGUAGCGGGCGUGACAUAGGAAAAAUGUUCCGACAGCAAGAAACGGUGCUCAGGGAUUGGACAGUAGAUGCAGGGUCUUGCGCCACUGUUCCCGGCCCGGAGAUACCGGAGACAGAGACUGUGGAGAAUUAUCAGCCAGAAUGGGACGAAGAAGAGGAAGAGGAAGAGGAAGAGGAAGAGGAAGAGGAAGAGGAAGAGGAAGAGGAGGAAGAGGAGGAGGAAGGAUUAUUCAGUGUUCAGUGUGAGAUUUGCUCUGCUGCGAUUCCCCAUUUUGCACAGCUAGCACAUAAAUUGUACCACGAAUCCAUAGAUUGA